UUAUCACGGUCACGCAACGUCAACUGACCAACUCGAGACUAAUCAACUUACUGACUGAUCAACUGAUCAACUGAUCAGCUCAAGACAUAGUUGAAUGACAUUGUCCUUGCUUCAGUGAUUAGUCUUCCUGGUGUUGUGCGUCGUGCUGAAUGUGACCCAUAGCGCUUUUUCUCUUUUAUUAGUCUUUUACUACUACUAUGAGUCACAGUUCCCGUAUCGGUUUUGUGGUAUUCGGUUUGGGUCGAGCAGGUGUCAUCCAUUCCACGAACCUCAUACGAAACCCACAGGCAACCCUGAAAUGGAUCGUAGAUAUUGACGAAGACAAGGCCAAGAAGUUCGUGACAGAAAAUUUCAUGGAUACACAAGUUAUUGCCCCAUCCGACAUGGACAAAGCGUUACUUGAUCCAACCGUUCAGGCUGCAGUGGUAGCUACUCCAACUGAGAUGCACGAGGAUAUUGUGAUGCGCUGCUUACGAGCGGGAAAAGCUGUCUUCUGUGAGAAACCAAUUGCUCCUACCUUACAGGCUAUAGAGCAUUGUUACAAGGAGGCCGACAACCAACACCUUCCAUUGCUGUGCGCUUUCAACAGACGAUUCGAUCCAACAGUUCGGUCUGUGUUCGACAGAGUUCGAAAAGACGACAUUGGCAACAUUCAGGUCGUUAAGACAACUAGUCGGGAUUCCACUCCGCCAUCAGAAGGUUAUAUAAGGAUUUCCGGGGGAAUCUUCCAUGACUCCUGCGUUCAUGACGUAGAUCUCAUAUGCUGGAUGCUGGGUGAAGCUCCUCAUACAGUCUUCUGUCUCGCCCAUGCCUUCCAUGCGCACAUCGGAGCUAUGAAUGAUGUAGAUACAGUUGGAGUGGUCAUGAAAUUUCCAAGUGGCGCCAUCGGUCAGAUAGAUAUGUCACGCCAUGCUGUUUAUGGCUAUGAUCAACGUGUUGAAGUGUUUGGAUCUGGUGGAAUGCUCACCAGCGACAAUCAAAGCAGUCUCUGUGCCACCUAUUUUCACGCCAGUGGAAGCACACAGAAUCCAAUCAAAGUUUCCUUUCCACAACGAUAUUCCGAAGCUUAUGAGUUAGAAAUGAAUCACUUUAUCGGCGUAAUCAAACACAAAGACAAUUUGCUCAUCUCCAAAGAUGAUGUACUACGUUCAUUCACCGUCGUGGAAGCUAUUGAGAAGUCUUUCCGGACCGGACAACCAGUCAGUUUAUGAAAAGAGAUGAUUGACCAGAACUAAAAUCUGAAAUAUUACAAUUAAUGGUGGUUUUUGGCCUAUAUUCUGAAAUUUUAAGUUAAUUUUAGUGAUUUUCCUCUUUUCUGGAAAUGAAGAAAUUUUACUAUUACUUUUAAAUGCAGAUUUGUUGGACAUUUGAUUAAAUUUUGCCGAGAAACGCUCAUGUCAAUGAUGGUGGCCGAAAAUUAAAACACCGAAUAUUUAACAAU